CAUCCACAAUCUCUCUGUCUCUCUCUCUCUCUCUCUUUCUCUCUUUGCAACUCCAUCUCCUGCUUCACUCCAACAAAUCGGCCAAAGCCAGGAAAGCAGCAAAUGGAGAGGCAAUGCACCAUCAUGGUAAGCCCAUGGUGGAUCUGUUGUCGCGCCCUGUCAGUCUCAGCUUCACUCGUUUGUGCUCUCACCUUCCUACUCCACUUCGCUCGCGCCUUGACUCCUGAUGGGGAAGCUCUGCUGGAACUCAAGCUGGGCUUCAGCGACUCCAAGCAGCUGCUGCGGAGCUGGCGGCCCACCGAUCCUGACCCCUGCUCCUCCUGGCUCGGCGUCACCUGCCACCUCUCCGACCUCACCGUCCGCUCCAUUAACUUGCCCUACAUGCAGCUCGGCGGCAUCAUCUCCCCCAGCAUCGGUCGGCUCCGAAGGCUUCAGAGGCUGGCGUUGCAUCAGAACAGCUUGCACGGGCCCAUUCCACCUGAGAUCAAGAGCUGCACUGAGCUCAGAGCACUGUAUCUGAGAGCUAAUUACCUUCAAGGAAGCAUUCCACCUGAGAUCGGAGAACUUGUGCACCUCACCAUCCUGGAUUUGUCGAGUAAUCUGUUGAGGGGUGCGAUUCCUCCGUCUAUCGGUCAUCUGUCUGAACUGCGCUUUCUAAAUCUAUCAACCAACUUCUUCUCUGGUGAAAUUCCAACUGUUGGAGUCCUUGGAACUUUCAGAAACACUUCGUUUGUCGGGAAUCUAGAACUGUGUGGCUUGCCAAUUCAAAAAAUUUGUCGUGGUACAUUGGGCUUUCCUGCAGUGCUACCACAUGCCGAUACUUUUGCUUCUUCAGGAAUCUCAUCGAUCACACAGAAAAGAUCAUCACGUUUUCUGAAUGGGAUUAUAAUUGGUGCUGUGACUACCAUGGCCCUUGCCUUAGUUGCAAUCCUUGGAUUCCUUUGGAUCUGCUUGUUAUCAAGAAAGGGAAGAUUUACUGGGAACUAUGUAAAAGUUGAUGAAGAUCUUGUUCAAGAUGCCGGCACCAAGCUCAUCACUUUCCACGGAAACCUCCCAUAUUCAUCCCAGGAAAUCAUAAAUAAGCUGGAGCUACUCAAUGAAGACGAUGUAAUUGGCUCUGGAGGAUUUGGUACAGUCUACAAGAUGGUAAUGGAUGAUAAUAGUGUUUUUGCUGUGAAAAAGAUCGCUCGCAACCGUGAAGGAUCCAAUCAAAUUUUUGAGAGGGAGCUCGAGACAUUGGGCAGCAUCAAACACAUUAACCUUGUCGAUCUUCGAGGCUAUUGCAGGCUCCCAUCUGCAAGGCUUCUCAUUUGUGAUCACUUGGCCUUGGGGAGUCUAGACCAGUAUCUUCAUGAAAAUAGUGAUGAAGAACAACCCUUGAAUUGGAACGCACGUAUGAAGAUUGCUCUUGGCUCCGCAAGAGGAUUGGCAUACUUGCACCAUGACUGCACUCCCAGGAUCGUUCACAUGGAUAUCAAAUCCAGUAACAUUUUACUUGAUAGAAGCCUGGAGCCUCAUGUAUCUGAUUUCGGUCUUGCCAAGCUGCUCGUAGACGGUGAUGCACGUAUCACUACAGUAGUUGCUGGUACUUUCGGCUAUCUCGCACCUGAGUACCUGCAAAAUGGACGUGCAACAGAGAAGUCAGAUGUAUACUCCUUCGGUGUGCUCCUGUUGGAGUUGGUGACAGGGAAAAGGCCUACAGAUCCAUCCUUCGUUAGAAGAGGAUUGAACAUUGUUGGCUGGCUGAAUACACUGGGAGAAGGCCAUCGUCUGGAGGAAAUUGUUGAUGAACACUGCAGUAAUGUAGAUGCCGAAGCAGUAGAAGCAAUCCUUGACAUAGCUACAAUGUGCACAGACGCCGAUCCUGAGGACCGCCCUACCAUGAGUAGGGUCUUGCAGAUGCUCGAGGAAGAGAUAAUGUCACCCUGCUUGAGUGAUCUCUAUGAAUCUAACAUGUAUAUUUAAGUGCAUCUAUCUCAUGAUUUCAUGGAAGCAUGCUUUUUGUACAUAGACACUGCUUGUGAGUGAGGACACUUUCCCCAUUAAAUCCUAGCUUGAAAGUUUUGUAGUUUAA